UUCAACCACAACUGCUGUGGAAAAACAAACAGAGGCAGCAAGAGAAAAAGGUACAGUCUGGAAUGCUAUUCGUAAAGCAAAUCAGAAAAAAUUGGAAAAACUACUAAAUAAAGAUCAAAAUAUAGUGAAUGAGAGAGGAUUUGUCGGCGAAUGCCCGUUACAUAUGUUGUUUCUAUAUGGAACACCAGAACAUUUAGAAUUAGCCAAAUAUAUCAUAAGACGAUUUCCUGGUGCGAUUACGGCUAUCUAUAAUCUAUCGGAGUAUUAUGGUGAGAAUGUAUUACAUGUUGCAAUAAUCAAGAAGAAUGCUGAGAUGGUAGAAUGGCUUCUAGGUGAUCCAAAUAAUUAUGCAUACCGAGAUCAGUUGUUGAAUGGCACUGCUACUGGCUCAGAAAGUCCUCGGUAUCUAAUAACAUCAUCUGGUAUUUCAGAUCGGAAUAGUAUAGGGCGAGAAAAGCCGGUACGCGGAUCAGGAAAACCAUGUUAUUAUGGAGAAUAUCCGUUAGCGUUUGCUUGUUGUACAAAUCAAUGGAAUUUAGUUGAAAUUUUAAUUAAGUACGGUGCAAAUCUCGACAUGAUCGAUAGUAAAGGGAAUACCAUAUUACACUUAAUGGUUAUUCACAAUUUACCGGACUUGUACGUUGCAUUUAAACAACGUUGGAUUGAAGAAUUCAAUCGAAAAAAGCCCAAAACACCAUCAGCCCAUUUACGCAAAAUAAAUCCAAUAGUCCACAGGGACAGCACUAGUUCAAGCGAAGAGGAGUCCGAAGACGAUGAGAAAGUUGAACCGUUUAAUGAUGAACGUAAUCCCCCAUUAUGGAAACGUUUAAAUAAAGAAAAUUUAACACCAUUAACAUUAGCUGCUAAACUUGGAAAAUCCGAAAUGUUUUCAUUUCUUAUAGAAGAACGAAAAAUUGUACAGUGGACUUUUGGACCAGUGAGCUGUAUUCUCUACCCAUUAGACCAGUUAGACUUAGAACUUCAAUCAGAAAACACGGAGCCAGUCGUUAGUGGUUUAGAAUUAAUAGUGAAAUAUGCUCACGUCGAUUUAAUUAUGCAUCAACGUGUGAUCGAUUUAGUCGAUAGAAAAUGGGAUCGAUUUGCGAGAAAAAUAUUUUUUAAACGUUUUAUGACUACAUUGUCUUAUUUAAUCAUUUUCCUGUUAACCGUGACUGAAGGAGAAGGUGAUGAUAGAGUAGUGACCAGUGUAGAGUAUCCACAAGGAAACUACAUUUAUUAUUUAAGCAGAAUUGGAAAUUUUGUGGUUUUACUGGGAGCAUUGAGGAAAGGAAGAGAUGAACUGAAUGAAAUGGUCAAAGUUGGGAUUACAAAGUAUAUGAGCGCGUCGGUGAGUACGUUUUAUGAA